UCGACAAGCGGCUGCGGCUGGUGCGACCUGCUACACAGACUCACUCGUAGUCAUUGGGUAUCGGUUUGAUUGGAGCCGAUGGCGUAUGUGAGCAAUGAUGGCAGAGGAUCUGCUGGUUGCAUUGUGUUGGACGCCUUACCAACGACAUUACGUUUAAACCCGUCGCUGGCCCGCCAGGUCGCAACUUCUGCGGUUUUGCAAUUGCUGCUUCUUCAAUUGCAGUUCGAAAUUCCUCCCGUCGUAAUAGUAUCGUGGCCUACGAUGCAAUGGCAGGUCGCAUCCCGGACAUCAAUGUGAUCCAGGACACGCCCACCUCCCCGAACCAUGUACCAAGGCCGAUAUACACGUCGCCGGAAUUACCGCGUGUUCCUGAAGAUGGGCUUGCUGCGCCAGAGUUAGAUCGGGACACGGAGGGACUACAGGUUGAUCCGAAUGGAUCCUACCCGUACCCUACUACGAAAGAAAUCGACAGCAAGUCGAAGCAUUACCACUGGGUGCCUACGCCGGGGAAGCAGCUCUCUUAUGACGAUGCUGGUUUGAUUCCGUACGAGGACGCUACCCGGAGAAAGAGAGAACGGAUAUGUGGGCUCAAGAGGAGGACAUUUUUCAUCGUCGCUGCCAUAGUCGCAAUUGUAAUUGUUGCAGCGGCGGUGGGUGGAGGUGUAGGAGGCUAUUAUGCAAAUAAGUCUUCAAGUCCAACGUCCGAAGAUGACUCCAACCCUGUAACCUCCGGCAACACAGGCAUGGCCGCCCUCCCCUGCGCCCCCGCAACUGUCACCACCCCCGGCGCACCCCAAGCAACACCCCGAGGCAUUAAGAAUCCUUUCCUAGCCCGCGGCGCGACUUUCGACAUCACAUGUCGGCGUGGAGUCCCCAAUACUGGCGACAAGAACGGCCACGCCAUCAAAGAUAUCGCCCGCUUCACCGAAUACAACAUCACGAGCUGCAUGGAUAGAUGCGCCGUGGACACGCUCUGUAAGGGUAUCGUGUACAGCGCGAACCUGACGGAGAUGGUGGCGGACGGAGACCCGGGCGGGAACUGCCUGCUCAAGAACGCGACGUGGGAGCCAACAGAGAAGAGGGAGACGUGGUGGGCUAGUGCGCUGAAGGAGGGGUCAUGAUUUGCUCAGAUUCCGUUCAUUGCAUUUUUUGGGAGCUGGGAAGCGUUACUACGAAGGAAAUUCUCCUAAAGAGGCGGGAUACCCCGAGGGGCCCUAGAAGCUGAUA